AUGGUGAACUGCUGGGGUCUGCUAACUUCCCAGAAGGAACCAGUUCCUCUGAAGAGCGUGGAGGUGGAGCUGGAGGUGAGGGACCAUGUGGCUACAGUGGUCUCCACUCUGAACUAUGAGAACAAGGAGGACAAACCACUGGAGGCUGUUUUUGUCGUCCCUCUACCAGGUACAAAAGAAACUGACAAAAAUGGACACAUCUGGGUUAAAUGCAACGAUUCAAGUAAGAAUAGACCUAAGUUGUGUUUCAUUGUGUUUCCUUCUGUUUCUUGGUCAGUUCCUCUGAAGAGCGUGGAGGUGGAGCUGGAGGUGAGGGACCAUGUGGCUACAGUGGUCUCCACUCUGAACUAUGAGAACAAGGAGGACAAACCACUGGAGGCUGUUUUUGUCUUCCCUCUGCCUGGAGAUGCUGCUGUCUGUCACUUCAGUGCUAAGAUUGGACAGACAGAGAUUGUAGCUGAGGUGAAGGAGAAACAGAAGGCUCGUGAGGAGUAUGAUGACGCUUUGAGCUCUGGUAGGGAGGUCUUCCUGUUGGAGGAGAGUGAUCAGAGUCCAGAUAUAUUCUCUCUGAGUGUGGGCAGUCUGCAUCCAGGAGAGAGCGCCUCCAUCAGGCUGGAGUACGUCACUGAGCUGGCUGUGCAGGCUGAUGAAGGGCUGAGGUUUUCUCUGCCUGCUGUGCUCAACCCUCGCUACCAACCUCGGGGAAGUGAAGAUGUUUGUAUCCAGGUGACCUCUGUUCCAGCCUCUCUGGUGCCCUACAGUCUGUCUUUCUCUGCCCGAGUGUCCUCUCCUCGUCCAGUCUCUAAAGUAGAGUCCAACUGUCCCCUGGACGCUCUCCAGUACCUCAACACAGAGCAGACCCAGGCUACGGCUCUCUGAUGGGUGAU